CGUUAUCGUGAUAAGUGUGGAUUGCACUGGAAAGCCAUCUGCGAAUUAAAUGAAACGAGUGAUCCUAACAGGGCCGUGAAACUGUAGGCCUCGAGCUUACCAGCUAUGCAGGCCUUUGUUCCGAAGAACAGGAGACCUAAGUUUGAGUUGAUGCUGAGAGUCAUUGACCUCAACAAUGUACCCCUUGUGAAUGGCACAGCGUUUGUGAAGUGGCGCCUUCCUUCUGGAUGUGCGCCCGAACACCAUGGGCAUACCGACAAAGCGGUCAUUAUAGACCACAGAGCAUAUUGGAACUACGAGAAAGCGCUGCAAGUCCGACUAACAAUCGAUCGAAAUCAGACGCUUCACGAAUGCGAACUAUACUUCGAGGUCAUACAAGAGUUUGCGUCGGGCGGAAAUAAUGAGAAGAGCAUCCUGGGGAAGAUCAGGCUCAACUUGUCGGAGUAUGUGGACAAGAGUGACGACGAGGAGGGCAUCGUCAGGCGCUACUUGAUGCAGGACAGCAAGGUCAACAGCACGCUUAAGGUCGGGAUAGCUCUACGCCAGGUCGAAGGUGAUCGGAACUUCGUUACGCCUCCCCUCAAAUCAGCGAUGGUGUUCGGAGGGAUCGCCGGUGUUGUCUCCACCGAACAAGGCGAGCACGACGACCUCGGCAGGCUGCCAUCCAUAUAUUCCCAGAGCAGAGAGGUCACUGACAUGCAGGACAUGUAUCGCCGUACCCUGGCUGCUUCUUGGAUUUCGCGAGCCGAUGACUUACCGGCGGAUAAGCUGAUUGAAGAGUUGUUUUCCGGGAGCAUCAGCUGGGCAGAGAACCAGCACUCGCCAUUUGCCAACUCCACCGAUCACCACACUGACCGACUUUCCCCGUAUAGCCGGACGGGCAUAAGGCAAACGUCGACGGAAAAUCGUCUGUCGCCCAGUAGCUUCGAGAAGCGACCUCGGAGCUCAUCCAGCAACCAUUUCCGGACUGAACCAAAGGUGUCCGAGACAGGGGCGAGCGCGGAUCAUAAUAGGAAAGAUGGGAGCAUCGAACAACAACUCCAUGACAAUCCGAAAGGGAGGAGCUGGAAGAGUCGUAAUGCGGACCACGAAUUAUCCGAGUUCGAUGUCCGCGAGGACCUACGGAGCUGGGAAAUUGCAAGCAAGGAACGUCGGCACGGCCGCAUCAAGCGCAUGCGUCGUGUCUUGAGCGAGAAAGAGCAAAUCAGACGACAAAAGUCGAAGAGCCACACGAUACCAAUCUCGGUGCGUUCUUUGGGAGACCCGGCUCAGGUCGUGGUUAUCCAGGAUCGCAAACGUCGCAGACGUUCGGAGCCUCUCGCAGAGGAAAACUUGUUGGAAGAAUCCAAGGGAAAGCAUUUCAUGCUGAAGGAACUGGAGAAAGACGCCGCUUUUGCCGACGAAGACCUCUAUAUUGCUCACAUUGACGAGCUAGGCUCCGCUUACCAACCCUACGACAAAUUACCACGCGCCGACUGGAAUGACCUUAGAUAUCACCUUCGCUCAUCGUUCAAGAGCUCACACCUCACUGAAUAUCUCCAACAACGAAUCGACAACGAAGACAAAGACAAAGACACACCCCGGGGUGACUCUGACGGCAAACUCUGGCAACCUGGGGUUGUGAAUCUCAUGGAGUCGGCACCCAAACGUGCUUCUAUCCGAACUGGAGCACUUCAGGGUCUGAAAGGGAAGGAGGCUUUUGCUGAGAGAAUUCUUCGGGAUUGCUGGAAACUGAGUAUCGAUGGCGAAAUCGGCCAGCUUGAUGUCCCCAUGUCUGACACCGCAUUCAGUACGCUUCUGAACGCCGAAAACUUCUCGUUUGAGGAGCUCGCUGUUCUACACGAUGUGAAAAUUGAUGUCUCCCAGGUGCUAGGGGUUCUAAGGGUAACUGGACGACAGAAUGCAUGUGAAUCCAUCAGGGACAUCAUUCGUGACGCCACCAUGAGAAUACAGGAGGAAGACCUCACACUGCCAGUCAACGAGAACGACAUAACUGCUAAUGCUCGCGUCAAAAGCCCUGACUUUCUAUCUUGGCUCAACAAGACUUAUGGGGUGACCUUCGAUGUGAAGACAUCACAAACGCCCAAGCGGAUGUCCUAUCUUGCCGAAAACAAACAGCAGGCGGAUGAUGCUCACAGGGCACUGCAUCUUGCAUGGCAUAGCACAAACAACCCUCCUACCCCGUUCAGUACAUACCUGCCUGCUACAGAAAUGGCUAGCGUCAAUAAUUACGAUCCCGAGCUCAACACACCAUGGUUUGAUCGACGACAUUCGUGGUUCAGAUGGGCAGUUCCACAUGAGACCGGCGAGAUAUUGACGCCCGGCUCCCUGCUAGAAAGGCGCAAGUUCUUUAACAAGCAUCAAUCCCGUCUGUCUAAUGUGCUUCUCAAAUUGCUUCGAAAUCCCAAGAUCAACAAGACUAUUGGCAUCGAGAAUCCCACCAAUGUUUGUGAGUCUGUCACUGCGGCGGUUGGAAAAUGUCUUUUCUUCCGCAAGUCUGCCUUUGAUGAGACAUCGGUCAGCGCUCCUCAACUUGGCCGGCUGUCCCUCCCACGUACGUUUACUACAGAUAUACCUCGUGCGGCACCGUUCUUGAACAAUCUGGUGCCUCAGAAGUCCGAUGAGCAACAGGUGCACCGCAUCCGAUUGGUGCCUUCAGCUUUCCAUGCCCAGGUCUUCCCGCAACUCGAGGUGGAGGUCACAGUGAAUACCUCCAAGUCUCCAUUUUACACCGGCCCAGAAUUUGCUCUUCAGAGUGCCAAGGUGGUUUUGGCUGAAAGCAAACUCGAUUUCCUUCUCCCAGAGAACGGGCUCGAUCUCCGAUUCAGCCGACGCUUGACCCAUGAGCUUCCUACGGGUUCCGCAAUCGAUCCAUCGUUAGGUGCACUUGAGGAGAGCCUGCGAAACGUUUUCAAGCAGUCUCUCGAGUCCAGUGGCAGCGAGGUCCCUCUUCCCACCUUCACUCAGAUCACCCUGCCUCGUAAGCUUCUGGGCCAGGCCACGGUCAGGAACGGUGAAACUUUGACGGCAGACUACAUUUUCCUCCCGGUGAACGACGCCCGGGGCACCCGGGUCCACAGAUACAACUUUGGCGGCCAGCAGCUCAACUACUCCUACUACGAGAGUGGGCCUUUCUUGCCUCAUCGUACCACCGAGCUCUUUUUGAGCAAGGACAUCGCGAGCCCCAUCCCGGGCUUGUCGGACGCCAUUCCUGGCGCGGCUGAGUCCGUGGUUGAAGAUGGCUUCCAUGAAUUCUACAAAUCAGCAUGCAAUUUGGCGUUUGACGUGGAUAUGGCCCGCCAAACGGAGGCGGCCUCUGAAGGUCCGGAGGUGUUCUAGAACCCCAAAAAAGUGUCUUCUGGCGUACAGGAUUAGACCACCUUUCAUGUAUUUAUAUUUUCUUGGGGACUUUUUGGCAUGAGGCAUGUAUACUACGAGAUAUCUAAUGGAAUAGGCUCAGCUCAGUGCUUGCGGGGAAGU